CCUCUCACAUUCUACCGGAGCCGAAAUGGGUCUGUCCGUGCAGCGGCGGCUCCGUCCUCCCGUAAGCACCAUAACGCCCUUCGUCGGGUGCCGUGUGGUGCCCGACUGCUGCUGCUUUAAACGGCAGCACUGACAUGGAAACCCCUCUGCAGCUGCACAACGAUUUCUUCCCAGAGCGGCAGCAGUUCCAGCACUGUAAGUACCAGCACUACUGCGGGCGGGAGGAUCGUCUCGGCAAGCAGCCGCACGACCGAUGCUGCACCUGCAGUAGCUGCACCUGUGACGCGCGGAAAAGCCUCGUCUUUCGCGGGACGUCGCCGACCACUGUGGGAACUUUGAGGACACCUUCGGAGACGUCUUCCAGGCAAGGUUGCCAGUACAGCGUGUGCGAGCUCACACCUUCUAGUCAUGGUAGUUCAUCCAGACACCAUCCUCCGCCUCCUCCUCCUCCUCCUCCUCCUCCUCACCACCAUCAGCAGCAGCAGCAGCAGCAGUGCCGCGGUCGGGGCAGCCUGGGCAGCGGCCACAAAGACAGUAACUCCUACAAUGAAAUAGCCAUGAGCAGCUGCAGAUACAACGGCGGCGUCAUGCGUCCGCUGAGCAACUUGAGCUCGUCCCGCAGAAACAUACACGAGUUUGAUUCCGAGUCCCAGCCUCUGCAGCCCAUCUCAGCCGCGGAUGCGUCGGACCCUCUGUCGUCCAAGCCGGAGAACAAUUCCACCACCCUGAUGCCUUACGCAUCGGGGGACGCGGGGGGAGGCUGCGGCCACAGCGGCGGCAAAUCGGGGAAGAAGAAGAACCAGAACAUUGGGGAGAAGCUCGGGCACCGGAGGGCCCUGUUCGAGAAGAGGAAGCGUCUCAGCGACUAUGCUUUAAUCUUUGGGAUGUUUGGGAUCGUUGUUAUGGUUAUAGAGACUGAACUCUCAUGGGGAGCCUAUGGAAAGGAGUCCCUGUAUUCAUUAGCUCUAAAAUGCCUGAUAAGCCUUUCUACAAUCAUCCUCCUGGGGCUGAUUAUCAUUUACCACGCCAGAGAGAUACAGUUAUUUAUGGUGGACAACGCAGCCGAUGACUGGAGGAUAGCCAUGACGUAUGAGCGCAUCUUCUUCAUCUGCCUGGAGAUCCUGGUGUGCGCCAUCCACCCUAUCCCAGGGAACUACACCUUCACCUGGACCGCGCGCCUGGCCUACUCCUACGUGCCAUCCAAGACAGAUGCGGACGUGGACAUCAUCCUGUCCAUACCCAUGUUCCUGCGGCUGUACCUCAUCGCCCGUGUCAUGCUGCUGCACAGCAAGCUCUUCACGGACGCCUCAUCCCGCAGCAUCGGGGCACUCAACAAGAUUAACUUUAACACACGCUUCGUGAUGAAGACCCUCAUGACCAUCUGUCCUGGCACUGUGCUGCUGGUCUUCACCAUCUCGCUGUGGAUCAUUGCUGCAUGGACUGUGAGAGCUUGCGAGAGGUACCAUGACAACCAGGACAUAACCAGCAACUUUCUAGGAGCCAUGUGGUUGAUCUCAAUCACGUUUCUUACCAUUGGAUAUGGGGAUAUGGUCCCAAACACAUACUGUGGGAAAGGAGUCUGCCUCCUGACUGGCAUCAUGGGCGCUGGCUGCACUGCUCUGGUGGUCGCUGUGGUGGCAAAGAAACUGGAAUUAACCAAAGCUGAAAAACACGUCCACAAUUUUAUGAUGGACACCCAGCUAUCAAAAAGAGUGAAAAACACAGCUGCGAAUGUUCUCAGGGAGACGUGGCUCAUCUACAAGAACACUAAACUGGUGAGGAAGAUGGACCACGCCAGAGUCAGGAAGCACCAGAGGAAAUUCCUCCAAGCCAUUCACCAAGCUCGAAAAUUGAGAAGUGUUAAAAUGGAGCAACGCAAGCUGAAUGACCAAGCAAACUCUCUAGUGGACCUUGCUAAGACUCAGAACAUCAUGUAUGACAUGAUAUCGGACUUGAACGAGCGAGGCGAGGACAUGGAGAAGAGGAUUGCCUUGCUGGAGACAAAGCUGGAGACUCUAUUGAGUAACUUGCAGGCUCUGCCAGGACUCAUCAGCCAGGUCAUCAGCCAGCAGCACAGGGACUUCCUGGAGGUGCAGCUCCAGCCUUAUGACAAACACAGCCCUGAGCGCUCACAGUCAGUGUCCCGACGGAGGUCGUCCUCCACUGCACCGCCCACCUCCUCCGAGAGCAGCUAGAGUCCAAGGGGAAUGCCUCCACUGAAGACUUUUGCCAUCAUAUGGCAAAGUUGCAUUUAUCGUAAAGCCUUAUGGUUUCAAUACGUAUUAUCCAAAAUUCUGAUGACAGAAUCCAAGAUACUGGGGACAGAUGGAUUUUAAUGGAUAACUUCAUGCUGUUAUUUGUUUUUUAUUACCUCAAAAGAUGUUGUUAUCCUUGCUCUGGUGACAAGACCUCAAAUAAUGGCGCUUCCCUCAGUAAAAAAGGCCUAUCGAUGGGGCUGCGAUAAGGACUCUACUCCAUCUCUAUGCAGAGGUAGCCAGUUUUAGGUGGCAAGGUUUAACAAGUGUGAAACUAUUGCACUAAAAUAGUGCUUCUCACGGACUUUGUGCUUCAGCGGGCUUGAUUCAGUUUCUGAGCUCCUCAAAGCAAACCAGUGAGAAAUCAGUCAGGGAGAAUGAUGAUGUUGAGGAAAAGUGCUGUGUUUGACGGUCUGGAGUGAACUGAUAGCAGGAGAAGAUGAAAAUCUCUCCUGCACACUGUCACUCAGAGAUAACUUAAAAAGCUUGAAAUGAGGGGGGAAAAAAGCAUAUAUCUUUUAGGUUAGAAACAGCAUCAACUAUAGCGGUUUUCUUUUUGCAGAGUGCCCCUGUAGAAUGACUAUUUUUGGGGCGAAAUUGCAAAUAAUUUAAUCCUCUAGUCGAAAUGAAUGCAUUAAAAUCUGUACUUGCACUUACUUUUUAAUCAAUGCACUUCAAUGCUGACUGACAUAUGAUAUAAAGAUGCGUUGCUCAUUAAAAAGAAGAACAUUUGAGAUGUUUGGGCAUGGGUUUAUUACUGUCAGUUCUCAAGUCGUGGCUAUAACGUUGAUGAAUCAAGUCAAAGCCCUUUUCUGUUGUUUGUUUUUUUUACUAAGAAGCAUCAACUUAGACCUGCAGAAGUCAACAGAAAUGUAUUGAGUGAUCACAUAAUCUGUAAUUACCCCUUGUCUUGCUGUGUCUCACCUCCUGUUCCUCCUUCCUGUGCUAUUUAUGCUCGCUGUCAUCCCAGCCGGGUGACAACAAAUGCUAAACAACAACCCGCAGAGACCGUAUCUACCUUUUAAAAAGAAAAUGCCUAUUUUUAUAUAUUUUGAUGAGGACAAGCACACCUCCUACAACCAAGCAGACAACAACAGAGAUGUGAGAAGUGACAGAUUCAGCAUAUCUAGCAUUUGGUUUCAUAUUUCCUGGACUGGAGAUAAGAUACAUACAUUAAAUUGCUGAUUUGGUCUUUCCUGAAUUCUACAUAUCUUUAAUUAGAUUAUUAAUAAGUUUGCAUUUAUUUUUUUAACAUAAGCUUUAGAAGAUGCUCUGGGCUGAGCUGGAUGAGCAGUAUCCAAGGGCAGAACAGGUAAAUCUACCUAUAGUGGCUGGCGUGUUUUAGGUUGAAAGGUUUUACUGUCAAAAAAUACAUCUAUCUCCAUAUCAACUGUGUGGCCAAUAAAGCCCCUGGACAUCAUGGACAUGUAGUUAUAAUGUAACCUCUUCGCAGAGCAUAUAAAGUGGGUCAAAGAAGAUGUGGUGUUCACUCACCUAAUCAGCAGCACUGAUCCAGUUCAACCAGCCCACCCACCAACCCACCAAUAAGCCAAUUAGAUGGUCAAGAAAAUGUCCGAUGUUCAGUCCACAAACUUCUGCAAAUAUAGAAACCAAUGACAGAUUACACUGUAUGCGACUUAAACAAUAAAAAUAUACAAUUUGA